UCAACUUCCAAACACACACAUUUCACUGGCAAACGAGUAAACAACAUGGAAUGGCGCGUGCUGCUGUGUUCAUUCCUUCUCCUGGGAAUGGGGGGGUCUCCCAUCCAAGCGGACGUGGACCAAAACACGCUGACGGCUCAGCAGAUACACAAGAAUCUGAAUGGAUCUCAAGAUGCCUGCACGAACUUCUGGAACUAUGCCUGCGGCAACUACUCAGCGGGCGCCGGCACCAAAUAUGUGGAUAACUUUGAGCUGGUGGAGGAUCUGUACGCCCAGGCCAUGGUGGAGUUCAUGGAGAGUGAUCUGGAGUUCUUGGACAGUGAUGUGCAGUUGGAUGAUAGGCCAGCGCUUCGAUUGUUGGGCCAGAUGCGAGCCUAUUACAAUGCCUGCACCAAGGAUCCACAGAUGGAGUGGCCGCUGGAAGAUUUCCAUUCGCUGGAGCCCAACGAGUGGGCGCUCGAAACGGCCAGGUUCCGUAGGCACGGAUUGAAUGGGGUUUUCCUGGACGAGCGCGUAGAUGUGGCCAUUAACGAUUCGCUGCGUUCGGUGGUGCAGCUCAAGAUGCCCGCUCCCAGUAGCAACUACAGCGAGCGGCGAGCCCUGCAGUUCCUCAAACUCAAUCACUCUGGAAGCGAAGUAGAAAUCUCCAGGCUGGUGGAUCAGCUGCGGCACCUGGAAGCCAAGCACCGCCAAGAGGAGCCUCUGGUUCAGUCCUGGACACUGGCCGAUCUCAUGCAGAAAAUACCACAGAUCAACUGGCAAGUGUACUUCCAUGAGCUGCUGUCGGGGCAUCUGAACGGGCUGCUUUUCGAGGUCAGCGAUGUGGACUACUUGCGGGAGCUUGGCCUGCUUUUGAGGAAUACCAGUGGAGGCACCAUUAAUCUCUAUCUGCGUUUGCGUCUCACCGUUCUGCUGCGGCAGUCGGAGCCGGCCAGGCGCAAUCCCAAGACAUGCAUUCACCACAUGCGGGCCCUGCUCCCCCUGGGCAUGAACUACCUGUACAAUCGGUAUGUGUACAAGAACAGGAACUGGGUGGACACCAUUCAGCUGCAGCAGAUCUUCAAUAGCCUGAAGGAUAUGUUCGGCCAGUACCUGGACGCCAAUCGCCUGCAGCUAAGUCCAGCCCAACUGACGUAUGUGAGGAGAAAGCUGUCGACCAUGAAGCUCAGAGUGGGCCAACUGCCAGAGGAGACGUCCCCUGACUUCUAUGACAGCCACUAUGAAAGUGCCAAUUUCUCGGCCUCCCAUCAUCUGGCAAAUGUGCUCGAGGCCCUGAGCUUGCGCACCCGACUCCAGCACGAGGCUCUCCGGCUGCCACACUCCCGACUGGAUCUGCGCCGCUACUAUGUCAACGAUGACGUGGUCAAGGCUCGUACCUCGCCCUUCUACGAGAACGAGCGGAACACGAUCACUGUGCCGUUGGUCUUUAUGCAGUGGCCCCUCUUCAAUCACAGCCAGCACCCGGUUUUCCAGUACAGCUUGAUGGGCGGUGUCCUGGCCCACGAGCUGAGCCACGCCUUCGAACAGGAGGGCAUCCUCUUCGAUGCCGAUGGCAAUGAGUCGCCAGUGGGAUUGCAGAUUCGCGAGACGAAGCCCUUCCAGAAUGCCAUCAAAUGUGCGGCCCAAACGCCAGCCGUGUCGCUGAAGGAACGUCUGGCCGAUCUCAAUGGCCUCCAGCUAGCCUACGAUACGUUUUUCGGCCUGGACCACAACUCGCAGCUCUUCAAAUAUCGUCCCUUUGUAUUUGAGAGCGAAUUCGGAGCACCGCAGCUGUUCCACCUGAGCUACGCGCAGUUCUUCUGCGGCAUCCUGCCCCCGGUGCUCGGUCAUGAUAGGGACGAUGUGCGUGUCAAUGUGUGCGUUGGAAAUUUACGUCAAUUCGCGUUGGAUUUUAAGUGUCCCCCCCAGCCAGCAGUGCAGUCGCCCCCCCUGUGUGAAAUGUGGCGCCCGACAGCAGCAUCUAAUUUGGUUUCAGCUUAACUUUUCAAAUCAAUUAAAAGUAAUACAAUGUUGAGCGUUGCUCGACUCCGCGAUGACAUGUAAAAUUUGUAAAUUAAAUAAAACUGCGUGAUUAUUUGAUAAUUAA